GGCUCUUGGAAGUGUGAAACAAGUUGAUAUGGUUCCUUCUGAAGAGAACUAAAAGGACCUUUUUUGGUUGUUGGCAGACUCUGAGUGAAGACCAUUUCCUAAGAAAGGACUUGCAGUAUAUCAGAAAUUUACCAAGAUGCCUUCACACGGUAAACUUAUGGUGCCCGAAGGUUUGAAAUCCCUGCUAGAGGCAUUAGGCAGAGCAGUUGUACAAGAUCAGCCAGAAAACAUCCACCAGUUUGCCUCAUCAUAUUUCUCAGAGUUGCAGCAAUUUAGAGAUGGAAAUCCAGCUCUUGAUAUAUGUGACCUAGUGAAAAUGUUCCAUUUGAGCAGAGCUAUAAAUAUUGAUGGAAAGGCACACCGAACAACCUCCGAUGAUCAAAAUUUAAAAUCAAUAUCUAAGGACCCUUCACUUAUUAAUCAGGAGAUUUUGUCUAAAAUCUUUUGUGAGAAAACCCCUGCUACUCAUGAUGCUGCACCUUCUCCAUCUGUGCCUGUGGUUAAGGAUCCUUGUGCACAGCCGGAAGCUGCACCUGCUCCAACUGAUGCUUAUGGUCACCAAGAAGCUACGUCCGGUCCACAUGAGAAUUUCCCUAGGGCACCAUAUGUUCGUCAUGAAGCCAUACCUCUUCCAUAUGAUCCUAUGAUUAGAGCACCAUAUGUUCGCCAUGAAGCUGUACCUGUUCCAUAUUAUCAGGAAAUCAUCCCUGCUCCAUAUGACCCUUACAUUAGGGCUCCAUUUUAUAAUCAAGAAGGCAUACCUGGCCCUUUCGAGCCUGUGAUUAUGGCUCCAGCUAUUCGUACAGAUGCUGUUCCUAUUCCAUAUGAAACGGUGAUUAUGGCACAGCCUGUUCGUCAAGCACCAGUGCCUCCUGCCUAUGGUUCAUCUGUUCGUCAAGAAGUUUCACGCUCUGGAUAUGAUGCAAAACCAGCACCUGGUUAUCAGGGAAAUAUACAUGCUUCAAGUGAAGCCAAGGCACAAGCUGAAUCUUCUCUCCGUGAAAAUGUGUGUUCACCUAUUCAUACAGAACCGAUGCCUGCUAAUUAUGGAAGUAAAACCGCAGAGGUCUAUCAGGAACCAAUACAAACUAUGCCACCACCUGCUUCUCAAGAGCAGUAUGAAAGGAUGUCUCCAUCAGCUUACCAACAAGCAAUGGCACCUGCUCCUCCAGAAAACCAGUAUGAAAGGAAGUCCCCAAUUGUUUACCAACAAGGAAUGGCACCUCAGUAUCAAUCUCCGCCUAUUUAUUCACAACCUAUACCAUCUCCAUUUGAGUCUAAGACUGCAUCUUACUAUCAACAAGGGGUACCACCUCACUAUUCAAAUGUGGCACCAGUUGUUUACCAGCCCAUAUCACCUCAAUACAGUUCUAGGUCCCCUCCUGUUUAUCAGUUAGCUCCAGGAGAGACUUUAGUGUGUACAUCCGUUCCAAAAGAAAGUAUGAAGCUUCCAACACCUACACUAUUUGAUGGAUUAAAGAAAAGCCACUCUGCAAAUGCUGCAAGUGGUGAGAUCAUAUCUGUCUGUGAAGACCAUUCAUGUGAUCAAUGUAAGAAGCCAUCUUCGUUAACAACUGCUCCAAGUGGUGACAUUUCAUCUGUUUGUCAAGAACAUUCAUGUGAUCAAUGUCAGAAGAAAUCAUCUGCACCAUGUGGCGAUAUCUCAGUUUGUGAAGAACAUUCAUGUGAUCAAUGUAAGAAGAAGUCAUCUCGUCAAAGGUUAAUGUCCGCUCCAAGUGGUGAUGUCUCAAUUGUUUGUGAAGAUCAUUCAUGUGACCAAUGUAAGAAGAAAUCAUCUGCUCCAUGUGGCGAUGUUUCGAACGUUUGUGAAGACCAUUCAUGUGAUCUAUGUAAGAAGCCUUCAGCUGAUCCAUGUGGUGACGUUUCAAAUGUUUGUGAAGACCAUUCAUGUGAUCUAUGUAAGAAGCCUUCAUCUGCUCCAUGUGGCGACGUUUCAAAUGUUUGUGAAGACCAUUCAUGUGAUCUAUGUAAGAAGCCUUCAUCUGCUCCAUGUGGCGACGUUUCGAGUGUUUGCGAAGACCAUUCAUGUGAUCUAUGUAAGAAGCCUUCAUCUGCUCCAUGUGGCGAUGUUUCGAAUGUUUGCGAAGACCAUUCAUGUGACUUAUGUAAGAAGCCUUCAUCUGCUCCAUGUGGUGACGUUGCAACUGUUUGUGAAGACCAUUCAUGUGAUUUAUGUAAGAAGCCUUCAUCUGCUCCAUGUGGCGAUGUUGCAACUGUUUGUGAAGACCAUUCUUGUGAUCAAUGUAAGAAACCUUCAUCAGCGCAAAGUGGCAAUAUCUCAGUUGUUUGUGAAGAACAUUCAUGUGACCAAUGUAAGAAGCAGUCAUCUACUAGUCAACAGUUAUCAUCUGCUUCAAGUUCUGAUGCUUUAUCUACUUGUGAAGAGCAUUCAUGUGAUGUAUGUAAGAAGAAAUCAUCAACCUGUCAAUUGUCAUCAUCUGCUCCAAGUGGUGAUGGCUCACCUGUUUGUGGAGAACAUUCAUGUGAUCAGUGUAAGAAACAGUCACCUACCUGUCAACAAUCCUCUUCCCCACCAAGUGGUGAAGUCUCACCUGUUUGUGGAGAACAUUCAUGUGAUCAGUGUAAGAAACAGUCAUCUACCUGUCAACAAUCCUCUUGCCCCCCAAGUGGUGAAGUCUCACCUGUUUGUGGAGAACAUUCAUGUGAUCAGUGUAAGAAACAGUCAUCUACCUGUCAACAGUUUUCUUCUGCUCCUACUGACGAUCCUUCACCUGUUUGCGAAAUGCACUCAUGUGAUCAGUGUAAAAAAAAGUCACCUACCAGUCAACAAAACUCUUCGGCUCCAAGUGGUGAUGUCUCACCUGUUUGUGGAGAACAUUCAUGUGAUCAAUGUAAGAAGCAGUCAUCCAGCAGUCAACAGUUCUCCAAUGCUGCAAGUGGUGAUCUCUCAUCUGUUUGUGAAAAGCAUUCUUGUGGUCAGUGUAAGAAACAGUCAUCUACCUGUCAAGCAUCAUGUUCUGCUCCAAGUGGUGAUGUCUCAUCUGGUUGUCAAGAAGAAUCAUGUGGUCAAUGUAAAAAGAAGUCAUCUACUUGUCUGGUGUUUUUUUCUGCUUCAGGUGGCGAUGACUCAUCUGGUAGUCAAGAACAUUCAUGUGAUCAAUGUAGCAGGACAUCAUCAACCUGUCAACAGGCUUCAUCUGCACCAAGUGGUGAUCUCUCAUCUGGUUGUCAAAAUCCUUCAUGUGGUCAAUGUAAGACAAAGUCCUCAACCUGCCAACAGGCUUCAUCUGCACCAAGUGGUGAUCGCUCAUCUGGUUGUCAAAAUUCUUCAUGUGGUCAAUGUAAGACAAAGUCCUCAACCUGUCAACAGGCUUCAUCUGCACCAAGUGGUGAUCCUUCAUCUAGUUGUCAAAAUUCUUCAUGUGGUCAAUGUAAGACAAAGUCCUCAACCUGUCAACAGGCUUCAUCUGCUCAGAGUGGUGACACUGCAUCUGGUUGUCAAGAUCCUUCAUGUGGUCAAUGCAAGAAUGUGUCACCUAAACAUCAAGAGACCUCAUCCAGUUGCGAAGCCCAUUCAUGUGAUCAAUGUAGAAAGGUGUCCUCUAUUCAUCAAGAUUGUUCAUCUGCCCCAAGUACCUCAUCUAGUUGUGAAACUCAUUCAUGUGAUCAAUGUAGAAAGGUGUCCUCUACUCAUCAAGAUUAUUCAUCUGCUUUAAGCACCAAUGCCUCAUCUGGUUGUCAAGACCAUGGAUGUGAUUCAUGUAGAAAAGUUUCAUCUACUCGUGAAGGUUAUUCGUCUGCUUUAAGCACCAAUGCAUCAUCUGGUUGUCAAGACCAUGCAUGUGAUGCAUGUAAUAAGAUCUCUUCUACUCAUCAAGAUUAUUCAUCUGCUGUAAGUACUAAUGCCUCAUCUAGUUGUCAAAACCAUGCAUGUGAUGAUUGUAGAAAGGUGUCAUCCACUUGUCAGGAUUAUUCAAGUGGUCUCAGCACCAAUGCUUCAUCUGGUUGUCAAGACCAUGCAUGUGAUGCAUGUAAUAAGGUGUCAUCUACUCAUCAAGAUUACUCAUCAAAUGUAAGUACCAAUGCUUCAUCUAGCUGUCAAGAUCAUGCAUGUGAUCAAUGUAAUCGGGUAUCAUCUACGCAUCAAGAAUAUUCGAAUGCUCCAAGUGCCAGUGCCUCAUCUGGAGUUUGUGCAGGACAUUCAUGUGAACAGUGUAAGCAGGUGUCAUCUACUCAUCAAGAUUAUUCGAGUGCUGCAAAUACCAACAUCUCAUCUGUUUGUCAAGAUCAUGCAUGUGAUCAAUGUAAUAAGGUGUCAUCUACUCAUCAAGAUUAUUCAAAUGCUACAAGUCGCAAUUCCUCAUCUGGCUGUCAAGAUCAUGCAUGUGAUCAAUGUAAUAAAGUGUCAUCUACUCAACAAGAUUAUUCAUCUGCUGCAAGUGGCAAUGCCUCAUCUAGCUGUCAAGAACAUUCAUGUGAUCAAUGUAAAAAAACAUCAUCUACUCGUCAAGAUUAUUCGACUAAUUUGAGUACGACUGCCUCAUCUGGUUGUCAAGACCAUGCAUGUGAUCAGUGUAACAAGGUAUCGUCUGCUGAAGGUUAUUCUUCCACUAAAAGCACCAGUGCUUCAUCUAGUUGUCAAGAUCCUUCAUGUGGUCAAUGUAAAACACCAUCUACUUGUAAGGAUACUUCGACUGCUGCAAGCGGUAAAACAUCAACUAGUUGUCAAGAUCCUUCAUGUGGUCAAUGUAAAACAUCAUCUACUUGUCAGGAUAAUUCGACUGCUGCAAGUGGUAAGACUUCAUAUAGUUGUCAAGAUCCUUCAUGUGGUCAAUGUAAAACAUCAUCUACUCGUCAGGAUAAUUCGACUGCUGCAAGCGGUAAAACUUCAGCUAGUUGUCAAGAUCCUUCAUGUGGUCAAUGUAAAACAUCAUCUACUCGUCAGGAUAAUUCCACUGCUGCAAGCGGUAAAACUUCAGCUAGUUGUCAAGAUCCUUCAUGUGGUCAAUGUAAAACAUCAUCUACUCGUCAGGAUAAUUCCACUGCUGCAAGUGGUAAAACUUCAGCUACUUGUCAAGAUCCUUCAUGUGGUCAAUGUAAAACAUCAUCUACCCGUCAAGAUAAUUUGUCUGCUCCAAGUGACAAUGAUUCAUCUAGCUGUCAAGAUCCUUCAUGUGGUCAAUGUAAGAAGGCAUCAACUCCAAAAAACAAUAUCUCAUCCACUGGUCAAGAACAUUCAUGUGAUCUCUGUAAAAAAGACUCAUCUCAGCAAGAAUCUAAUCCAUGUGGGGUCUGUAGUGAGUGUUCCCAAAAAGCUUCUCAACAAGAUUCAAGAAGUCCCCAAGAUCCUACACUGCAAUGUCUGUAUAAAGCCCCAUCAUCUGCAUAUGGUGCAUCUACAGAUCCUUCAACAACAUUUACUCCACAAAAUAGCACGUGUAAGGCUGCAACAAGUCCUGGUGGAGGUAAUGGUGACACAUUACCCACCAACAGGCCCAUUUAUAUGCACCUUUCUACAAAAUGUUGCAUUGUGAACUAUAGUGAUUCAUCAACUUGCCUUGAGCCCAUAACUGUGUAUCACGAAUCUACCAUUCAUCGAGUAUCAGAAAUACACUUUAGGGAUGAACCUGAAACAGGCAGUACUCAAUCUAAAGUUGAUGCUGCUGUAUGCUCUGCUGAUGGUUCUGCAUCAAAAGGCAAAAAGGUUGAGGCAGUGUCACCUGCUCCUCCCUCUGAGGAAGAUACUUCUUGUCAAAGCUCUACAGAUUCUGUAUGUGGGGGAGAAGCAGAAGCACAGGAAAAACCAUCACCCACUUGUGAAGGAGAUGCUGGUAUCCAGGACUCUGAAAAGAUUGAUGAAAGCUGCCCAAUCUAUUCCAUAAUGCGUAAAGAUGAGACCUCAGAGGGGAAGCCAACAGAUCAAGAUGAAUCUUGCCCUGUAGAAGAAAGUUCUUCACAAACAGCAGAAGAGAAGACAGGAGAAACAGACGACUCUUGUCCUGUAGAAGAAAAAACAGGUGCAGCUGCAGAAGAGAAGAAGGCAUCUGAGGAAGAUGAGUCUUGCCCUCACGAAGAGCCUUCAAAAACAGAAGAGGCUGCAGCAGAGGGGGGUGAGUCUUGCCCUCUAGAAGGAAGUUCUUCAAAAACAGAAGAAGCUGCAAAGACUGAAGAGGGGAAGAAAACUGAGGAAGAUGAGUCUUGCCCUAGACAAGAAAGUGUUUCUGAGGCAAAUGAGCAGGAGUUGCCUUCCAUUGUUGACAAAGGCUUCAAACGGGUAAAUUGCAGAAUUGAUGCAUUGGGAAGCAAGAUGGAUGGUCUGAUAGACAGCAUUAAAUCUCUUGCUGAUGUUAUGAACAAAGAGGAUGAGAAACAAACCCGAGAAGGAGAACAAGAGCCAAAACAAAAAUCACCACAAGCAUCACCAGAAUCGAAAUCACCAACACCACCAUCACCAAGAGCAACAACCCCAGAAGCAGCUUCAUCAGACACAAAGUCACCAGAAGCAGAAGGGGAGGCAGAAACACAAGCAGAAUAAAUGAUGGAACCAGGACAACACUGCAAUCCACCUCUUCUAACCUCUGUGAAGAGAUACUGUAACGUUGUGUCUUCUUAAGUAAAACGCUCUCUAAGGAAAGCCUGAGACAGUAGUUACGUUAAUGAACCCUGGUACUUUAAAAAGAAACUUGUAAGAAUCUGCGCAAUAAAGAUCUUACUGCCAA